UUCCGAUGUACACAACAAGUGCCAUCCGUUUGCCUCUCUGCUCGUCAAACCAGCGAGAAAUGACAACGUCGAGCGUCUAGCAAUUACUCGAGUAGAACCCGAACCUAACAACAAGCGAAAUCCUUCCCACAUCGAAUCAAAUUUGUCAUCGAAUUUUUUUCCUAGUCGAAAUUCGUCAUGAAACGAUUUCUACGCAAAUCGCCGAGCAGCAAGGAUUCAGUCAAGCAAAACCCUCCGACAUUUGACUCAACUGGGAGUGGCAGCGCGGUGCACGAAGGUGGCGCAGAGACUCAGAGCGGGUGGGAUUUGAGGCUAUCGACGAGGCUCGUCUAUCUCGGCUGCAAGCAAAUCUCCGAGGCGAAGUCGCUAAAGCUGCUUUACGACAUCACGAAGCAACUUAAGGAGCGAGAGCGUCAGGAGAAGCGUGGUAAACAAGUCGUAUUCGAGCUGCACGCGUUGAACAUUGUGGUCGUCGAUGCGGUCUCAACGACGCCGGAUUUGAAUAUUCCGCUCAUGUGCGUUUCCAUGUGCGCCAACGACAAAUCGAAGAGCGUCGCCGACUGUUUUGCCAUCGUCGCCACUGCGAAGCCCGGAGUUCACGAGUGCCACGUCUUCCAGUGCAAGUCGAUGAAAGAGGUCCAGAACGUCGUCCAAAAUGUCGCUCUCGGAUUCAAACUACUUGGACGGACGCGCAGACUCUCAGAUCAGUCGUCGAAUCCGUCUCCGGCUCCGAGUCCGAUUUUGCCUAAAGAGAUGAGAAAAAUCUCGGAAGAAUCGACGCAUUCGCAUCGGCCAGCGUCUCCGAGACCGUCUUCUGGAGCGACGAGCCUGUCGAGCUACUUUAGUUCGUCUAGCAGUAACGUGAAUCGUUUGAGUGAUCAGUCGAGUUUGCUCGGCUCGGAGACGAAGUCUGGGUCGAUCCACAUCGAGUUGGACGCCGGUCUCGUUCCGCCGGUGACGGAUGCGAUCGAGGAGGAACUGCAUUUGCGUGUCGAUCGAAUUGUUGUUGACAGGGAACGUUUGCAGCUCGUUUGCAGAACUGGCGAUCCGGCUAUUCUACCUGAUGAGUCGCCAGGGUUUAUUUCUGCUCUUUUUUAUAUUGGAAAAUCUGACGUGCAAGGUCUUGCACGCCUUGUAGACGGCGGUUUAUCUGUAAACCAAUGUGACUCACAAGGGCGCACACUAUUGCACUUUGCUACCGCGUGUGGAAACGAAGAUGUUGUCAGGGUUCUUCUAGAAAGUCUAACUACAUGCUUAGUUGUUGUCUUUCAUGUCUAA